GGAUUUUCCGGAAGUCUCCCCUUUAGCAUCGGAUCGUAUGCAAAUUUUAAUUAUUAGUUGCAUACUUAACACGUCUUUAACGUUGUUUCUCUCUCUCAAAGGUUUCCUUUUUCAGCAGCGUUUUCACUGAUAAUUUCCAUCAUUUUCAUUAACAACAAAUUACUUCCAGCUAAGAGAAGCCACUUUACAAGGUUGGAAUUGCGUUUUUUUAGUAGUUGAUGAAAAUCAUUUUGUGGGUUUUUUUUUUCCUUUUCUCGAUUGCCUUCAUGAUGAUUACUGUUGUUGAAUGGUUUCUUUUUUUUUCUUCUUUCGCUUCUGGUCUGGUAAGUCUCCAUUUUUCCUUUUGACUAUCUGUGGUUGCUGUUCGUUAAUGGAAUUAGUUGUUUGUUUUUCUUAUUGGUUUUUGAUUACCCAACAGACAUGUGUUAGUCAAAUACUGAUUGGUUUAUCUCUUGAAUUAAUGAAUUCCUUCCGAGCUGAUCAUCUAUUGGUUGGGUUAGUUAUUUUCUUCACUGGAUUUUGAUUACACUAGAGACCGUAGGUGAUAUUGGUUAUCUCUUAUCCAUUGAAUGGGUUGCUUUGAUGCCUUUUAGUCGUGUCAUCUUCUUUUCUUUUCGCACCCUUAUUAUGGUUUUGUUGAUGGGUUUUCUUUUUAUAUGCUUGGCCAUGCGAGGAUAAUAGCUCGUGGUACUUCUUGUUUUUGUUGGGUUUUAACUCCUGGGAAAAGUUGCCUGCAGUCUGUGUUGGAGGGGGGAAAUUUAUGAUUUUCCAUUAGCCCGGAAAUGAUCAAAAGUGUAAGAACUGUUUGGAAUCAUCUUUUUAGGGGACUGAUGCUUGAAUUUACCUUUAUGUGUCUGAUGAAAUUUUGUGUUCUUAAGUAGGCUAUCGGAAAAAAAAAAAAAAAGCAGGCUAUGAAAAUUCUUUUGAAUGGAAAUAUUACCGUGUAAAUUAUAUCAAGGUUUCUUUGGUUUUAUUUUUCACACAUUCUUUGAACUACUGUUACUAGGGUAUUUCCAUUCAAUUUGAAUAGAUGAAUAGUGAAGUUUUGGUUAAUAUAUUGGAGAUUAUACUUGCAAAGCAUACAAUUAUUCUUGGGAGGUUUUGUGGGCUUAUCUCUCUAGAACAUCUUUGUUGCCCUCUUUUGAUUGAACUCAGGACUAUUUGCAGAGUUGCUUGGAUGUCUUACAACCUUACCCCCAAUCUUCAAAUUCUCUGAUAGAAUUUGAACUCCUACUGACCUACCGUUUUGCUAUUCUUUUUACUUAUCCAGUUUCAUACGCUAGAGAUAGGUGUGUGUGGUUUUUGGGGUUGUGGUGUUAUAAUGCAUAACUUGUCUUGAUCGUUGAGGUUGAGACAUCUUUUUACGUCUUUUUGUAGCUCGAAAUAAUAAGUGCUACCCUUUGGAAAGUGUUUUAACACAUUCUUGGCUGUUCUAGUUCUUCGACUUUGGCGUGUUGCCAUAGAACUGGUUUUGGUUAACCAGAACAAGGAAAAAUGUUUGUGGACUACUGUGAAUAUUGGUAAAAAGUUCUGUUUGGUUCAGAAACUUAACAUAAUAGUCAAGGAUUGACCUAAAGCGCAGAACUUAUGAGGCAAUCCCUUUUUCUUGUUUUUUUUUUUUUUGCUUUAAAAACUUCAGAAAAGUCAAUUGCUUUUGUUGUUCUACUAACUUCACAAGGAACUGAGAGUGAUGCUUUCACUUCAGAACUUUUCAUUGUGGUAGCCAUGUGGAACUUCUGUGCUGUGUGAUGCAUAUGUAUAAUGGUCAGCUUCUUUAGGCUUCUGGAAUCUAAACCUGCCUUUGACUUGUGGCUCUUUUUUUCGGGCCUUUGAUUUGAGUUUUUCUGUCUGAGAAUGGUAUGUUGCUUAUGAUUCUAUCAAAUGUUACUUUCCAUAUUACUUUAUGUCUCUGUAUGAACAGAAGAUUUGGGGCUGAUGGUUACAAUAUUGUGUAAAUAUCAAUUGUUUGAUUGGCAAAAAUGUCGAUUGUAAUUUCAAUGUUUGUUCCUUGCGGAAAUUUAUUUAUUUUAUACUGACAUAGUGGAUAGUUGCAAGGAAUAUGUGUCUGCAUAAUGCCUUUCUAUGUUUUGGUUAGUUGUUGUGAUCUUAGAAUAUUUAAUCCUUCAGCAACAGCUGAUUUUCUGCCAUCCACAUGUCAAAGAUACUAACAACUUAUGGCACAUUCGACAGGGAUAAAGUGCAGACACAAGGUAGAUGGAUGGAUGUUCUGGUAAACGAAAUAGAAGUGGGACUGUUGUCCCCAGAAGAGCAUGCAGUCUUGUUAUGAGAGAUAGCACAGAUACCAAGGAUCUAAAUUCUCAGUUCUGCAACCGAAUUGGAUGCAGUGGUAGACUCAAAUACAGGAGUGGUCCUCUUGAUUCUGCUGAGAAAGCCAAAUUCUCUAGGCCUUCUGUUAAUUCAUCAAAUGGAAAGGAGGUAGCCAGGAGUUCCUCAAAGAACUGUUGUACAAUCGCUAGGGCUAGAAAUUCUGCCCAAGAUUCUCCCCGGAAAUUUUCAUCUCAUUUGGAAUCUCUUCAGUCAAAACCUUGUUUUGUUCAGGAUGAGUCACACAUAGCAAAAGUUAACCCCAGAACAGGUAGAGGUAGGAAUUAUCAGGCUCAACUGCAGCCUAAACUGAGAGCAUCAAGUACUCGUUUGGUCAUGCCAGGUGAAGAAGGAAGUUUGUGCACAGGAUUAAAAGAUGCAUCUAAAAGAGUACCUUGCCACAAGCCUCAGUCAGGUUGUCACAAUGUUCCUUCUGGCUCUUCUGUUAGCUCCACAGAUAGUGGCAUAUCAACUAAUAGGAACUCUAUUAGUGGUAGUUGCAAUGGUUCGAGGAAUCUAAAAUCCGAUGCAUUAUCUAAUAUCAUCCCUCGUGGUGGCUCAUCUUCAGAGUCAAGGAAUGGUAGUAACUUGUUAAAGAAAAGAAUGCCAGUAGGAGAAAGCAGUUCAUAUUCAAGAGUGAAACGAGAGGUGGCUUCAUCCAAAGAUGAGCAUAACUCUCCUUCCACCAGCUGUACCUCCUUCUCUAUUGCAAGGCGUAAUAGGAAUGGGGCUUCCACUCAUGGUAAUAUUGGUUCACCAAUACAGACAAGGAGAUCAGCGAAUGCCAACUCUAGGAUCUUGCGUUCGAAUCAUGAGACUGUAACUUCUUUUCCAGUCACUGAAUGCCAAAGCAAUAUUCCAGGGUCACCUAGAUCUGAAGUGUGCAAUAAUGCUUAUCAUGCUUCAUCAUCUAGGUCCUCCUUGGCAGGCUCUUCAAUUGCUUCAAGCUCUCAUGCUACUCCUGAGCAAAUUGGUGACAGUGUUCCUCGAACUGCGACCUUGACAUCCACCGAACAUGGUGUUGCUCAGGGAUUAAGGCGGCAUCAUCUGAAUGGAGCUGCUGAGGUGCUUUUAGCGCUUGAGAGAAUCGAACAAGAUGAAGAGCUGACUUAUGAGGUUGAUCAUGUAACUUUUUUCUAUUAUUAUUUCAUGUGUAGGUUGGCAUUCUAUGUUGACUGCUACUUUUCUUUAUGCCCUAGCAAUUACUUCUAUUGGAGAACAACUUGUUCUUUGGCAGCCUUUACUUCUAUGACCAACACAGAGACAUGAGGUUGGAUAUUGAUAACAUGUCAUAUGAGGAACUGCUUGCUCUUGGGGAUCGGAUGGGCACCGUUAGCACAGCACUUUCAGAUGAGGCAUUUGCAAAAUGUGUAAAGAGGACUAUGUACCAAACCACUUCUUUAGAAGUAAGGGUGGGAGGAUGUGGUGAGGAUGAAGCCGAUAUCAAGUGCAGUAUUUGUCAGGUCACAUUAACAUUGAACACCUCUUAAAAUUUGGCGUUUCCUUUUCCAUUGUUACAUGCUUGAUGUUUUGAAUCUCAGUCUUCUUGUCAUGGAAAAGCUUCUUUCCAUUUGUUGUGCAUUUUAAUAAGUGAAACUAGUUCAUGGCAUGUGGGAUGGUAGGAUUUCAUUUAUUUGAACAGGGUUAAAGGUUUAACUUGCCAUUUUUCCCCCUUGACUUGAAUAAGGGGCUUGAUGACUGGAAUUAUAGACUAAUUAAUGAGAUGGAUUUUACAUGCUUGAAAAGAUGGGUUUCGGCAAACUUUUUCAUGUUUUGUUCGUUUGUAGAAAGAGAAGUCAGAAAAAUUUUUGCCAAAAGAAUACAAUGAAGGCUUAUCUAAUUCUUUCCUGUAUAUUGAAAUGUGCCUGUGUAAACUCGUAUUGUGUGUCCAUUUCCACUAGCUCAUGGUGAUGUCCGUAUAGGUUUUAGGCAUUUUUGUUGCUCAUUGAGAUGAAAUUAUGGAAUAGUUGAUGCUGAGGUACAUCCUUCUCUGUCUGUUUCUUAAUUAAUAGAGUGGUUGUGUCGGUCUAUGUUCACGUCAUUUGUAUUUGCCUCUGGCGGAGUAUUUUUGCUCAUUUCAGUAGAUUCCUGUAUGUGUCUUUUGGAUAUAUAUUUGGUUAUAUAGUUGCUUGUCAGUUUUGGUUCGCGUGAUUGAAGGAAAGCUUUAUUAUAUUUUUGCAGGAGGAAUUUGCAGUCGGUGAUGAGAUUGGGAGACUGGGAUGUGAACAUGGUUAUCAUGUGGAAUGUUUACAACAGUGGUUAAGGAUGAAAAAUUGGUGUCCCAUAUGCAAGGCUUCAGCAGCAGCACCGUGAGAUACUUCUUUUCCCAAGUAAUACACAAACAAAUCUGAACAGAGUAGCCAUGUACAAAUUAAUACUAUCUUCCUUCUCUUCCUUUCUGGUCUUCCUGUGAGUAUGUUGUCUUUCGGCUCUGUCUGGAAACUUUUGCACUGUGGUAUUUGCCUGAGAAGUGUAUAGGAAAUGUUAAAAUUAAGGAGACAUUGAAAGAAAUACCUUUACUAGGUUUCCAAACAGAGCCGGCCUUACGAUUGUUGGCUCAAUGCAGAUCAAUUGUUACUUUUCCUUGUUUGGGAAAUUACAUUCCACUCAUGCAAAGGAAUAUGUUCGACCUCUUUUGGCGUUGUGAUUUUCGUUAAGCCUUGAAACUUUUUCAGAAAGAGUGAAUGCUGCAAUGUGAUGGUCACAAAUUUGUUGAUCCUGAUCAUCAGAAAACCGAAGUAGAAGAAGAUGAAGUAAAAAGAGAUGAAAUCAAGAAGAAUGCAUAGAAAGAGGUUUCUGGAAACAUGAACAUAUUAAUCCACCUUCUAUUACAAAUUAUUAUCUUUAUAUAUAUACAUUCAAGCUUCUAGAAUGAGCCGGCUAACCAGUUUGACUUAACCGAUUUAAGUUCCAGAAUCAAUCCUAGCCAUUCAAUCCUAUAACCGCCUUUAGAUUGAACGGUUGCUGCUUCUUCAAGUCAAACGCUUCUUCUCGCUAAGGUAUGUUGCUGGGAUCAGGAGAGAGUGGAAAGCAUGGCUGUGGACUAAUCCAAGUUAGCUGAGCUGUCCGUGUUCCAUUUAAACCUGCUUUGUUCAUUUCCUGCACCCCCUCCUCAAGAUGAGCGUUCCAUAAGCUCAUCUUGGACAAAGGAACUGAAAAAUGGAGGAAGAAAGGGCCUUGGUGAACAAAUCUGCAAGCUGCAACUUGGUGGAAACAUAGGAAGAGAGAAUAAAACCCUUUUUAAACUGAUCUCGUACUACAUGGCAAUCGAUCUCUAUAUGUUUAGUUCAUUCAUGAAACACCGGAUUGGCAAUGAUAUCUAAGGCUGCCUGACUAUCACACCAAAACGGAAUUGGGACUGACAAAGGCAGACGAAAAUCAGUCAAGAUGUAAGAAAUCCAUUGGAGUUCACGAACGGUUGCUACCAUUGACCGGUAUUCAGCUUCGGCAAAGGAGCAUGAGAUAAUGCUUUAUUUCUUUGUAUGGAUGUUCUACAAGUUCCCCAGUUUGCAUCACUGUAUGCUGUUAAAGAAAGAGGAGAAGAAGAAGAGUAGAAAAUUCCACGACUGAUAGUGCCUGAGAGAUACUUGAGAACAUGAAUGGCUGCUUCUCAGUGUGACAUAUGAGGCCGAUGCACAAACUGACUUAGCUGCUAUUUAGCAUAGGUAAGAUCAGGCCUUGUGUAAUUGAGGUAAAGAAGACGACCAACCAAACGUCUAUAUUGUGAUGAAUCUUCGUAUAACGGUGUUUCAUCUUUAUCCUCUGAUGGAAACUGCAAGGAAGGAGGGAAAGGAGUAAUGGCUGGAACACAGUCCAGCAAAUGAGCAUCAGAAAGAAGAUCAGUGACAUAUUUCUUCUGACUGAUGUAGAUGCCCACACUUGAUCUUGUUAUUUCCAUUCCCAAGAAAUAUUUUGCUAAACCCAGGUCUUUGAUAGUAAAUGCCUGAUCCAGAAACUGUUUCACCUUCUCUAUUUCUGCUUCAUUUGUUCCAGUCAAAACCACAUCAUCCACAUAAACCAGUAAAAACAACUGACAGUCAUGAUGAUCAAAGACAAACAGACACGGAUCAUGAUAGGAUUGGCUAAAACCAUAAGCAAUCAACUUCUCUUUAAACUCAAGGUUCCAUUGCCUGGAAGCCUGUUUAAGUCCAUACAAGGACUUUUUCAAUCUGCAAACUUGACCCUUAGCAGCCUUAUCAUAACCCAAUGGAGGAUGCAUGUAUACUACCUCAUCUAAAUGUCCAUGCAAAAAAGCAUUAUUAACAUCUAAUUGAUGAAUAGGCCAACCUUGUGAAGACACCUCACAGAAGAAAACACCUCACAGAAGUCUUCACCUUCCACUUGUGUAUAGCCUUUUGCAACUAAUUUGGCCUUAUAUCUAUCAACUGUUCCAUCAGCAUUUCUCUUUAUCUUAUAGACCCAUUUAGAGCCAAUUGCUUUCUUGCCUGCAGGUAAACUUGUUAACUGCCAAGUAUCAUUAUCUUUUAAAGCCUGUAAUUCUUUCUUCAUGGCCUCUAAUUUUAAGUUUGUUCUGGCCUGAUUGUAAGUAGUAGGUUCAUGUGUGUUAGAAACAUUUGCAACAAAAUUCAUAUAUUGUUCAGAAAAUUGACACUUAGAAUCAUCCAAGGCUAGAAGGCUAGAAGGAUCAAUACAAGAAUGUGAGGUAUAAAAGUCAGCAAGAUAAGAAGGUUGUUUUCUAAUUCGACUACUGGUUCUAAUUGGUGGCUGAGGAUUCACAACUAUCUCAGGUGAAGCUGAAGCAUUAGAUGUCUGUGAUGGAGAUGAAGACAUUGUCUCAGAAUGAGAAGAUGAUGACUGUGAACUAGGUUCAGGAGCUGUAGAAGAAUGGCUCUGAUGAAUGUCAAAAGGUGAUGGAUCAUCUGUGUGAAUGACAUAUGAAGGUGAUACAGCAUUAUUAAGCUCCUUUGUAAGGGAUGGAAACACUGUUUCAUGGAACAAAACGUCUCUGGAAAUCAGAAUUUUAUUGAGAGUAGGACAAUAAACUUUGUACCCUUUUUGAUUGGAAGGAUACCCCACAAAGAUCCCUCUAUAUGACCUAGCAUCAAACUUAUCCUUUCCAGAAGUUUUGUUUAAAACAAAAGCCUGACAACCAAAACUUCUUAAGAAAGUAAGAGCCGGUGGUUUUUGAUGAAGUAGUUCAUAUGGUGUCUUCCAUUUUAGAAUUGGUGAAGGUAGGCGGUUGAUUAGAAAAGUGGCUGUGAGUAAAGAUUCCCCCCCAGAAUUUCUUUGGUAAUUUGGAUUGUAUGAGAAGAGAACGGGCAAUCUGCAAGAGAUGCUGAUGUUUUCUCUCCACAACACCAUUUUGUUGUGGUGUAUAGGGACAAGAUUUUUGAUGUAGAAUUCCUAGGCUGGAAAAAAGGUUAGAACAUGAAAUGUUGACAAACUCGGUUCUAUUGUCACUUCUGAUUCUCUUAACUACCCUAUUGUAUUGAAUUUUGACCAUUCUAAAGAAAUGAUCUAACAAGGAAAGAACCUGAGAUUUAUGCUGAAAUAACAAAGUCCAUGUAGAUCGACUAUGAUCAUCUACAAUGGUCAAGAAAUACUGACAAUGUGUAAAGGAAUGAACAUGAAAAGGACCCCACACAUCAAUGUGCAAAAGCUCAAAGCAAUUUUGUGAUUGAAUAUGAC